AUGGGUCAGGUGUUCUUCCGCCACACCACCGAACCAAGGACAUCCUGUCGAUGUCGGGACAUCAAUGCCAUCCUCAUCCGUCACAAUAUAUAUUUAAAAACUUCUCCCACCAAAAUGGCCGUGUUGGAGUACUUAGACUAUAUACCGAAGACGGAGACGGCGGUGAACGGGGCGCUCGUCGGCAUCUUCCUGCUUUUCCUCCUCUACGCACUCCAACUCAACUGGAUGUACCGCAUCCUGGUCGCGGUGUCAAAUCUCUUUGCUGAAAGGGACAUAAAGGUUGACUGUAGCGUGGAAUUGCCCUUGGACAAGAAAAAUGGCGAGCACAAGGAUGAGAACAAGGACGAGAACGAGGAAGAACUGUUAAAGAAGACAAAAUGAAGAUCUCAUACAAGUGUUUUGAGAUUUCAAAAUGGAUUUAAGGGUUCUUCAUUAUGUAUCACAUCC